AUGGUUUCCAAGAGUAGAAACCGAUCGAAGGUUCACUAUUCCGCCAUAGACGAUGACCUGGAUUACGAAGAUAUAGAAGACGAGAAUGGAAUAAAUCUUUCGGAUCUUCCUCGUCUUACCGAGGAACAGGUCUACCUGCCCCAUCGUCGACGAGAUUCAAAGUUUCACAAAUCAUCUGGGCUCGGCCAACUUGAAAACUUUCUCGGUCGAUUUGAGCUUCCGAGAAAGAAAUUCCAAGCCGCAGUUCUAUCGAUUCUGUCUUUCGGAUUUUUGAUCCUGAUUAUUUUGAAAAUAGGCCUUGCCGGAAAACAAUGCCAAAGCAUCGAUCAACUGAGAGAUCAGAAGGCUAUUCAUGAUGCUCUCAAAAAUGAGACCGAGUGUAAAUCAUCAACUGGAGAUCCUUUUCCUUGGCAGAAAUACCGUCUUCCAGGCGAGAGUAUUCCAAGUGCGUAUUAUCUUUUCUUCUAUCCGGAUCCGGAAACCAACACGUUCUCUGGAAGUGUCGACAUCAUCUUUGAGCAAAGUGCAAAAGGAAAGUACAUCGCCCUUCACGCUCGCAAUCUGAACAUCAGAUACUUAUCCAUCUUCGAAUGCAACGAGUACGAUGUUGACUGCUACGGUGAUAAUGACUCUCGAAGAAGUCAAGAAGAUGUCGAAGAUUUUUUCGUCAGCUGCGAAGAACUAGGAAUGCUUGUUAUAAAAAUGAGGAAAGAUCUUUUGCCAGGAAGAAAAUACAACAUCAACAUUCGUUACUCUUCAACUCUUCCUGUUCCUGGACUGAUUCUUCAAAAAUACCAAACCGGACCUUCUCAAUUCGAGCAAUAUCUUGCGAGCGAUUUUAUGCCCAACAAAGCUCGCAAUGUUUUCCCUUGCUUUGACGAGCCCGAGUACCAAGCGAAAUUCACACUCGAAGUCGUGAGAAGAAAGGACGAAAAGGUCUUUUUCAACUCUGGCUUCUCAAGAAAAUAUCCAUACGCCAAAAACUCUGGACAAACUGGCAAAUUUGGCCUGUCUCAAGCUGUGCAAUCACAUGAAGUCGAUACUUUCGAAACAACCGAGCCUGUUCCUUUGUAUUCCCUUGGCUUCGUUAUUGGUAAAUUUGAAACAACCACUAUCAGCGAUGGUAAUUUUUUGAUGUCUACUGUCAGCGGAAUCUCUUCAAAUCACGCACUAGCAUUUUCACAACGAGUGGCGAAACUUGCUGAACGGCUUCAAGUCUGGUCUGGCAAAGAAUUCACGUCUCAGAUGAGAUUUGUUCUUCUCCCGAAUUAUGUCAAGAAUAGUAUUUUUCAACCUAAAGGACUCGCUCUUCUUCCGCUGUCUACAUUUACAAAGGCCAAUUAUGAAAUCGACUAUCAAAUUGCUUUAGAACUUACUCAGUUGAUGUUUCACUCUGGUACAAUCAAAUGGUGGGAUCAUCUUUGGCAAGAUGCAGGAAUUUUCCAGUCGAUUGCAUCGAGCCUUCUGAAUGACUUCGAUAAAAAUAUCAUCCUUUCGGAAAAACGCCAUGAAGUGUUUUCGCAUCAAUCAUUCUUUACUCUCGCGAAUCUGACGAUCGAUUCUGAAGCGCUAAUGUCUGAUGCAUUUUCAACGUUUUCCUCUUACCGAUGGGGCCUCGUGUUAAAUCUAUUCUCGGACUUUUUUCAAAUGAAGUUUGGAAGUGAUCUCUUGCAGACAACAGUUGCUGACGAUACUUUUGAAAAUACAGUUUUCGAAAAUGAAGGGUUGAUUAAGAAAGUGAAAUCUUCUCUUGGCAUUGAUUUGAUUUCAAUGGCGACUGAGUGGAACUUGAAGGAUAUUCCGGUUUUGGGAAUUGAUACUAUUGGCGGAAAAAUCGAAUUUACAAAAUCUGAUAACUCGUUACUACUACCUGUCAGAUAUCAAGUAGACGAGACUUGCUGCCAUGAAGCUCUGAUCAAGGAAAAAUCGCAAGCAUUCGAUACGGGAAUUCUACCAUCUUUUGUUGCUAGCAAAGGAACUCUUCAGCUGGGUUACCGGAUUCAAUAUUCCACGCAGGUCUUUGAUAUCAUCGAGAAAUCUUUGGAAACAGCAGAAGACAAGAAUACCAUUUUGACCGAGAUCGAACGAGCGAUGUUUUUCCAGGACGCCUUUUAUUUUGCAAAAAUAGGAAUGGAUUAUAUAAUCUGA